AUGGUCGCCACGCGGGAUCCCAAAUUACUCGUAACGCGUGUCUUCCAGCGUGGAAUAACCGCGUUCAAAGCGGAGGACUAUCAACGCGCGAUCCAAUGUUUCGAUCAAGCAUUUGAGGCAUCAUCAAACGAAUCCGUUGCCCUUAAAAUCAACAUCCUGGAUAGUCGCGCAGCAUCAAAGGAAAAACUUAAUGAUAUCAAGAGUAGUUUGUCCGAUGCGAAACAGGUAAUUGAUCUGGCACCCGAGUCUCCCAAGGGCUACAUCCGCGCUGCGCGUCUUUUCAACCAGAUCGAUAGAUUUCCGGCCUCAGUAAAGAUGUUUGAACUGGCAAUCACGAAGCUAAAGUCGAACCCCAAAAGGAAUACAUUAUUAAUAGAGACUUUACAAGCAGAGCUCCAGCAAGUUCGUCUUCGAGAAAAGACACACGUGGGUACACCACAAAUCAGGCGUGCUACAUCAUCGUCUGCUUCAUCGAAGCCUAAAUCCAAUUUUGUGGGGAAGAUGCCUUUUGAAAUUUUCAUUGACAUCGUCUCGUCGCUCGACAUUCCAACGCGUUUUCGAUGUAUGGCCGUAUGCUCCUCAUGGCGUCAGACAAUAUUGAACACCCCUAACCUUUGGAACACCCUGUGUUUAAACUCACAUAAUUAUCAAAAGCUGUUGACCAAGGCUAAAUAUUGGCUCAACAGGCUGGGGCCGGAUCAACAGCUACACACUCUCAAUAUCAGUGUUUCCCCCAUUUGGCCUCCUUCCACCACUCACAGCCUUCUCACCUUUCUGGCUGAGCGGCUAUCCACGAAGACCUCGCCGAAUGCAUGCCUUCGAUCUUUCAGCUUUCAUCACGCUGGUGCCUCAUAUGGAAUUGCAGAGAUACAGAAAACAUUCAGUGUUGUGAUCGCUUUCGCUUAUUCAAAUCGAGCGAACUUGUUUAAUUUAGAACUUAAGGUACCAGCUUUUAUCACCUGUCCUCUGACACUACCUGCUCUCUUGGCCGACUUCCCUUGCUUAAAAGGUUUGAAGCUUCAAGGCGAGCGCGGGCAAUCUCUACUUUUCAUCAAAUCCGAAAGCUUUUAUCAAAAUUAUGUUCCCUCUACGACGCCUACACCCUCGGGAUUAGUCUCUCCAGAUAACAACGAUUCAAGCGCAUCUUGUCACGCGCAACUGCUCCCCUUGAACACGAGCCAGCGGACCGAAAACGUCUUGGAUCAACAACUUGAAGCACUAUUUGCCCAAUGUGUUUCAUUCGUGCCGAGCGAGGAAGGGCCUAUCAAGCUAUCUUCCCUACGAUCGGUAUCCUUGAUAUCCACGGCCAUCAAUGCCAUUUCGCCUGACAGCGCCCAAAUCAAUACGGUCAACCAGUACGUGCCUGGAAUAGAUUUUACUCGUCUACCAAAACUGGAGAACCUAGAUCUAUGCAGAGUCGCCGUUGGCCAGGAGCAAUGGGAGCCUGUGUGGCGGUCUUUCGAACGACUGCCAACAUUACGAAGAUUGCGCUUGGAUGGGUUACCGCAUUUUAUUCCCCACUUUCUCGAGUUGGCCAACGUCCCACUGCAUUGGUCUCCGCAAGAUCAUGUUGAUCAGCCUUUUAGGGUUGAAAUGGAAACCAUAGUGCCCGAGCUGGAAUUUAUAUCCCUAUCUUCCCUUGAUAGCUCGAUGUCUUACAAGUUUUUGGCGGUCUUUGGGUAUCAAUUCGCCAAGCUCGACUCGCUUUCGGUGGCCGGCUUAUUACUCGAUUCGGACACCGAAUCGUUGCUAAUCGGUGCAUUGCGCCACUUACCACCGCUCGUGAACCUUAAUCUGAGCAAUACGCACGCAAGGCCCGAAGUCAUUGACGCCAUAAAACCUGAUCGACUUCAACAUCUCCAGCUCGGCAAUUGCACGCGCGUUACUUUCCGCUCUGUGGCGCGUCUCGCAACACCUAAUAAUCUCCAAUUCUUGGAUAUCACGGGCUGUCACCUGAUCUCCACACGGGAAAUGAUCGAAUGGCUUGCCCGACGGGUCAAAGUCUUAAUAUGGCGAGAAGGCCAGGAUUUACCACGGAGAUCAGCCAGAAGACUCUUCCUCGAUUGA